UAAGGCUAAACGCGCAGCGAGAGACUCCAGACUAGCAGAGAAGCCGCAACUCGAGCCGGAGUCGCUCGCUGACAUUCUCAAUCACUCACCCUGACUCCACGACCGUCGCCAGCCAAGGACUCGCUGAGGAAUUAAAGGCUUCGCUCCCUUCUCUCUCCAGAAUGAUCCACUGUGUAGCUGUCGCUGUCCUCCUCACCCUCUCCCUCGCUGAAGCCGAACUGAGCUGCGGACCCGAGUGCCGGUGCCCCCAGGAGCCGCCGCGCUGCGCUCCCGGGGUCAGCCUGGUUUUGGACGGCUGCGGCUGUUGCCAAGUCUGCGCCCGGCAGCUGAAUGAGGACUGUAGCAAAGCGCUGCCCUGCGACCACUCCAGAGGCCUCGAGUGCAACUUCGGCGCCAGCCCCAGCGCCCAGCGAGGGAUCUGCAGAGCCAAGCUGGAGGGUCGCCCCUGUGAGUACGGCAGCCGGAUCUACCAGAACGGCGAGAUCUUCCAGCCCAACUGCAAACACCAAUGUACCUGCAUGGACGGGGCAGUCGGCUGCCUCCCCCUCUGCCCCCAGGAGCUGUCGCUGCCCGACGUGGCCUGCCCCAACCUUCGUCUGGUCAAGGUUCCAGGCCGCUGCUGCGAGGAGUGGGUCUGCGACGCGGGCAAGGCCCGGCGCAGGGGUGAGGCUGAGACCGGGCGGGGCGUCCUCAGCCAGGAGACGGCGGUGGAACUGUGGCAGGACCAGCCGCGCUACAACAACCAGCUCCUCUCUCUGCUCAAGAAGACGAUGAAGGGGCAACCAGCUUGGAGACCCAAGUGCUACGUUCAGACAACGGAGUGGUCGCAGUGUUCCAGGACCUGUGGGGUGGGUGUCUCCACCAGGGUCACCAAUGACAACCCCGAAUGCAAGCUUCGGAAAGAGACCAGACUCUGCAACCUCCGGCCCUGCCACCAGGUUGCCCUUCCUGACCUCAAGAGAGGGAAGAAAUGUUUUAGAACGAAGAAGUCAAGCACAGCGACACACUUCACCCACGCCGGCUGCAGCAGCGUGAAGAGGUACCGCUCCAAGUACUGCGGCUCGUGCGUGGAUGGCCGCUGCUGUACGCCCCAGCAGACCCGUACGGUCCGAGUGCGCUUUCGCUGCCCUGAUGGCGAGACCUUCACCAAGGACAUGAUGAUGAUCCAGUCCUGUCGCUGCCACUACGACUGCCCCCACCACAACGAGGCCUCCAGUCCUUACGUCAUGCUGCACAACGACAUCCAUAAGUUCAUCGAUUGAAGCCCCCCCACCCUGCCGCCAUCUCCGGUGGGCAUGAGGCAGGCAGCAGAGGUGUCCGCCGUUCAGUGAGAGGGACACCACCAGCAGGAAUUCAUCCUCUCCCACGGUUAUACGGAUACCAGUACAAGUCACUAAGACUGGGUGGUUGCCUCUAACUGUGCACUCCUGUCUCCCCGUCAGUGAGCGCAGACAGUCGGGAUGUUUAAGGCUCUUAGAGUGUAAGACCAAGAGACUUACGAGUAGAAUUAAGCCAUUCGGCCCAUCGAAUCUGCUCUGCUGUUCGAUCAAGGCUAAUUUAUUAUCCUUCUCAACUCCAUUCUACCCGUAACCUUAAAUAUGCCUAAUGACUCAGCCUCCAAAGCCAUCUGUGGCAGUGAAUUCCACAGAUUCACCAGCCUACCUGGGUGGGGGUCGCUUUGGCUUGGUAGUACAAAAGGGACCAGGAACGGAGGUGAGGGAAAUGUUACAGCAAUUGUUAGACUGUUACUUAUUCCUAUGUGCACUGUGCAUUAAUGCCCUUGGGGGCAACUGAGACUGAGGGGUGGGUGAACCCUCAAGUGUUAAGUUGAAGCUUCAAUUAAUUGGAGCAGAGAAAAAGCUUCAUAUUGGAGCAUAGCUUACUCACUUUUAUUGUUCUGAUUGUAACAAAAUGGUGUAUAUUCGUAUUAUUAUAUAAUGUCUUAUCGUGUACUCUUGGCAACCCGUUGUGUCCUCUUAUUUACUAAAGCCCACCACCCCUAGACUGUAGGCUGCCGACAGCAGCUCACCAGAGUCCUCUGUUCUGGGCCAGCCUUUCACCCUGUCUCCAGGUGUAGCCUAUUCUCUAGGCGAAGGUCUGUCCGCUCCCAGGGAUGAGGUCUUUGGAGCUUCUGUUGGCGUUUCUUUAGAUCUGGGUUUUUAACGGGACGGGGUUGCUAGCUCCAUGCCCGGCCCUCCGCCGUUCACAGCCGGACUUGGGACUGUCCAUGACCGAGUUUAUCGUGUCGUGUUUAAGAAAAGAACCCAAUGGUUUCGACUGGAAAGUCGAACGAAGUUGUGAGUUGCCAGGCAGCGAGUGAACAGCUCACGUUAUUCUCUCGUGUGGGUCGAACAGCUCACAUUACAUGGCAGUGAGAAGCCAAAACUGUUUGGAGUUCUGCUUUAGCACAGAGGAAGAAAUCGGUGAUGUUAAAUCCUGCGAUAUAUUCAUUGAAUGUUGCAUUAUUUAUCGCAUAUGUAGCAGAUACUAUUGGGUAAAAAAAAAUGUCGUACUGGAAUUAAAUGUACAUAGAUUUAAUUUUUUAAGGAAAUUAAACAAUUUAUUUAUGGAACUGAAUUUUGUUGUAAGGUGAUUG